GCGCGCCGCCCGGGGAGCUGCGGCCGGGGGUUUGAACCGGCCAACUUCUCGAGCGGGCCGGGGCGAGCGCCAGCGCUGCGUCCGGGGCGAGUGACACGCAGAGCUGAAACCAUGGUUCAUCAGGUGCUCUACCGGGCGCUGGUCUCCACCAAGUGGCUGGCGGAGUCCAUCAGGACUGGCAAGCUGGGGCCCGGCCUGCGGGUGCUGGACGCGUCCUGGUACUCACCAGGCACCCGAGAGGCCCGCAAGGAGUACCUCGAGCGCCACGUACCCGGCGCCUCUUUCUUUGACAUAGAAGAGUGCCGGGACACGGCGUCGCCCUACGAGAUGAUGCUGCCCAGCGAGGCUGGCUUCGCCGAGUAUGUGGGCCACCUGGGCAUCAGCAACCACACGCACGUGGUGGUGUAUGAUGGUGACCACCUGGGCAGCUUCUAUGCUCCCCGGGUCUGGUGGAUGUUCCGUGUGUUUGGCCACCGCACCGUAUCAGUGCUCAAUGGUGGCUUCCGGAACUGGCUGAAGGAGGGCCACCCGGUGACAUCCGAGCCCUCACGCCCAGAACCGGCCGUCUUCAAAGCCACACUGGACCGCUCCCUGCUCAAGACCUACGAGCAGGUGCUGGAGAACCUUGAAUCCAAGAGGUUCCAGCUGGUGGAUUCACGGUCUCAAGGGCGGUUCCUGGGCACCGAGCCGGAGCCGGAUGCAGUAGGACUGGAUUCGGGCCACAUCCGUGGCGCCGUCAACAUGCCUUUCAUGGACUUCCUGACUGAGGAUGGCUUCGAGAAGGGCCCAGAAGAACUCCGUGCUCUGUUCCAGACCAAGAAGGUGGAUCUCUCGCAGCCUCUCAUUGCCACGUGCCGCAAGGGAGUCACCGCCUGCCAUGUGGCCUUGGCUGCCUACCUCUGCGGCAAGCCUGAUGUGGCCGUGUACGAUGGCUCCUGGUCCGAGUGGUUUCGCCGGGCCCCCCCAGAGAGCCGUGUGUCCCAGGGAAAGUCUGAGAAGGCCUGAGCUGUGAUCUCUCCUGCUUACUGUAACUGCGGCCGGUUUAGUGACCCCAUGACUUGCAGCCGGUUCUUACCUCUUAGGUGAAGGAGAUUGACAUGUUAGAAUUGCUGUGCAAGGCUCACCCUGUCUCUGUCGACACUGGAAUAAACUUUGCCUUUUCUGA